CUGGAAAAUAAAAAUACAAUUAAUAUAAAGAAAUCUCUCUAACAACUUUACCAAUCAUCGUCGCUCACAUGAAGAAGUCGUCGGAUAAGUCACCGGUGCGGCAACAUGACACGGCGACGCAAAUCAACUCUGACGCAGUGUCUUCUUCUACUUCCUUCACUGAUUCCGACUCUACUUGUUCCUUUUUGACUCCCUCCAUGGAGUUCCCGGAUCGAAUCAGUUUCCGGAGAAUCGAUUUUAGUGAAGCAGCUCCUACUGGUGUCGUUCUUCCUUCUACUUCCAGUGAGUUAACUCGUUCCAAUUCCAGUGAGAAUAAGAUUCCCAAUGAAGAUAUUUCCGUUUCAACUUCUUCUCGCUAUUUGGUGUUUGAUAAAAUUCUAGCUCUUAUGAAGAAAUCACCAGGACGAAGAGGAGAUAAGACUAGUCCGGCGCGGCGGUUAGACCGUAGUGAUGCGGUGAGGAGGAAUAUCGAUUAUGACGCAGGUGAAGAUUCUUCUUCGUUGUUGAUAACUCGUUCUUUGGAUUUCCCGAAUCGUACUAGUUUUCGAGUCGAUGGAGUUGAUGAUGGAGAAAUAGAUCGGAUUUAUCAGUAUAUUGGUGUUUCUGGUCCUGAAGAUUUUGCUAUUUCUUCUGAUGCUUGGAAAGCUCGUAUGGAGCAUGAGCGUUCUUCUUCAGAUGUUGUUAAUAAGUUAAAGUCUCUUGAUCUUGAUAGUCGUGAAGCAGGUCCUAGUGGUGGUGUUGUUGCUUCUAGUUCAAUGAAUCAUAAGUUUCAGGGUCAUGAUUUGAGUGAAGCAGGUUCUAUUGGUGUUGUUGUUGCUUCUAAUUUUACGCUUUCUGAGUCGAAUAAGAUUGAGAACUUAAAUAGUUUGAGGGAUAAGGAAAUUGUUGAUGGUGAUAUGGUAGAGAAUAGGUGCGGUAUUGAGCGAAAACCGACUAUUUUGGUGAAGUCGAGAGGGUAUCUUGUUCACAAUGAUGAUGUGGGUGUUGGUGGUGGAAUUAAGGGUGUAAGACCACCAGUACUAAACGUUCCUCGUGCGGAUAAGGAAGUUGUUGAUGGUGGUACGGUGGAGAGCAAGAGUGGUAUUGAAUGGAAACCAACUAUUUUGGUGAAGUCAAAAGGGUAUCUUGUUUCCAAUGAUGGUGGAAUAAAGGGGGUAACAUCACCGGUACUAAAUCUUCGCCCGACAGAUAAGGAAGUUGUUGAUAGUGGUACGGUAGAGAAUAGACGUGGUAUUAAGGGCGUAAGACCAUCGGUACUUAAGCCUCCUCCGGUGAUGAAACUACCUCCAGUUGAUCUUCCGGGAUCAUCUUGGGAUAUCCUUACUCAUUUUGCUCCUGAUAGUGAAAUAGUUAGGCGGCCGAGUUCCUCUUCUUCUUCCGAAAAUGGUUGUGAUGAAGAAGAAGCCGAGGAUGACAAAGUGGAAAAGGAAGAGACGGGAGAUAUGUUUAUCCAGUUGGAGGAUACGACUGAUGAGGCAUGCUCAUUCACUACAAACGAGGGUGACUCCUCAAGUACAGUAUCCAAUACCUCACCGAUUUGUGUCUCUGGGGGAUCUAUCAAUACUUCUUGGCAAAAGGGUCAACUUCUGCGACAAGGAUCGUUUGGCUCUGUGUAUGAAGCCAUUUCAGAAGAUGGGGACUUCUUUGCUGUCAAGGAAGUUUCACUUCUUGAUCAGGGAAGUCAGGCACAAGAAUGCAUACAACAACUUGAGGGGGAAAUUGCACUACUUAGUCAGCUUGAGCAUCAGAAUAUUCUGCGAUAUCGUGGCACAGACAAGGACGGGUCAAAUUUGUAUAUUUUUCUUGAGCUUGUAACACAAGGAUCCCUUCUAGAACUCUACCGAAGAUACCAGAUUCGGGACUCGCUAAUCUCCUUGUACACAAAACAAAUCCUUGACGGUUUGAAAUAUCUUCACCAUAAAGGUUUCAUUCACAGGGACAUUAAAUGUGCAACUAUAUUGGUGGACGCCAAUGGCACCGUCAAACUUGCAGAUUUUGGAUUGGCAAAGGUGUCAAAGUUAAACGACAUUAAGUCCCGCAAGGAAACUCUAUUUUGGAUGGCUCCAGAGGUUAUUAACCGGAAGGAUAAUGAUGGUUACAGAAGUCCAGCUGAUAUAUGGAGCCUCGGGUGCACUGUGCUGGAAAUGUGUACUGGUCAGAUCCCAUACUCUGAUCUAGAACCCGUUGAAGCCCUGUUUAGGAUCAGAAGGGGUACGCUUCCGGAAGUACCUGAUACUUUAUCACUAGACGCUCGGCAUUUCAUACUUAAGUGUCUCAAAUUGAACCCGGAAGAGCGUCCAACUGCAACUGAGCUACUGAACCAUCCAUUUGUGAGAAGGCCCUUACCAUCCUCAGGCUCAGGAUCAACAUCUCCGCUAAUCCGUAGAUGAAUCUAAUUUUAUUAGAUUGCCUCCAUAGGGGUAACCAGAAGGUUUAUGAGAUAUUAGACCCCAUAGAAACUUUAGGGGAGACACGAGAUAUGAUUCUUUGAUACAUAUGCUGUUUUGGUUGCGCAGCAAGAGCUAAACUUUCUCGAGACAUAUCUUCAGGUAGUUUCUGUCUCAUUCAUUGGUUGGUUGUUGUAAGUUGUGUCACUUGUGUGUGUUGAGCUUAUAUUUAAAACUGAAGAGCCUUGGUUAAAUUAGAGUUUUGGGUGCAUAGGUUUGUUUAGUUUUGUUAAAUUAUAGUAUCAUGUAAUGUAUAAGAAGAACCUUAGUUGAUUUAGAGUUUCGGGUGUAUAGGCUUGUUUGGUUUUGAUAAAUUAUAUAGUGUAUGCAUGUAACCCAUAUCAUGUAAUGUGUAAUUAUAGUUGGCUCUUAUAUAGUUCCUGCUUGUUGCAACUGUUUACACAUCUCAUGUCUCGAUGGAUUUAAUCUCCAAUUUUUCUUAUAUAUAUAUCUGAAUUAUACAUGCAUACAUACACUAUAAUUUAACAAAACUAAACUUUUCUUUUGGGUGCAAAAACAUAACCUAUAUUCAUCUCUUAAUUAUUUUACGCUGAAGAAAUCUGCUGUUUCAAUUAAAAAAGUAUGGUCAAACCAACAUUUUCUUUGAAAUUUUGGUGAAAGCCACUCUCAUUGAAGUGUAUAUAUGAUUCAACUUGUUUCUUACAAUAUUUGCCCCGUUGAAAACUUUUUUGCCAUCGAUGAGUUUCUUUAAGGGCAAAGUUCCUUUAAGAAAUGCUUUUAGAUUUCUUUGUAUACCUAU